CCCCUUCUUCGUCUUAGCCGUCUACUUCAGUCUGCUUCUAUUCCGCUCGUAGUUUGCUCGUCUCUGGGCAUGAUUGGACACCUUCGCGUCUCUACUCGUGAGCAUACCGUAAUAGAAUCGCAUCCUGACUCAACAAAGCCCGAUCUCCACCUUGACCAACCACCUAAAGGCCUAUAUGAUAUGGCUCUGGAACUUCCUUUGGAAAAUAUGAACUCAAAGCAGCUCAGCCACACACCCUGGCUUCUGAUUGUUCAUAUUUUUGUCGAACGUUUUCGACAAGAGGUAUAUGCUCCAAAGUGUCUGGUUCGUUUUUUACGCAGUAUUACUUUACUGUGA